AUGUAUGGUAAAGACGCAACCACGUUGUCCAAUACGCAAGGAGCCAUCGACGGUCCGUCCGUUGGGCUAGAUAAUAUUACAGAAGGAGAGCACGAAUUGAAGUUGGAGGAAGAGCUAGAUCGUACUCAAUCACCACCCCCUAGAUACCCUAAUUCAGAGCCAUCGCAUUCUACGCCUUCUUCACCACGACCCCCACCCUUUUCUUCCCUUUAUACUUCAACUGCCGAAGCUGUCGAGGCUUACAAGGUUGCCGUCACUGAAGCAGGCGCAUCUCUAUCUACAUCUCCUGCUGCUCCGGAAUACGUACUUGUCGCGUCCGAUCAAAAUCGACAACCUCACGAAGCUUCUACUUCCUCAAGAGACGUCGAGGCGGAAACAAAAGCUGCACUACCGCAGGACACUAAAGGCGAAUCCUCAAAGAAAGACGAAGAAAGCGAACCACCACCUGCAUAUUCGGAAGGUUCAAGUCCACUCGACGGAUUCACAUAUCUGAUGGCGGCCGCUGGAGGAGCUGCGAGUAUUAUUACUCAAGUGCAGCAAGGUGCAGCACCUAUAAACACUCUCGGAGAUGUCGGCGCAGAUGAGAAUAUCACCAUGGACCUUCGGGGCACUCGCUUUACGUUGUCUCGAGAUGAGCUCUUAACACUUCCUGAAUUCGUCCUCCUAUCUCUCUUUCCCAAUGGUUUACUACCGGAUGGCCAUUUAAGUACUUACCACGAAGGGGAUGCUUUCCAGGUUGAUUACGAUCCUGCAUCCUUACAAUACAUGCUUGAAUUCUUUCGCAACGUGGCGCAAACCAUUCCAUCGGGUUCGAACUCACCGGGACCAGACGCAGACGCUAUACCAAUUGAGCCAAUGGCAGGAUCCGCUAGGGAAAUGUUACAGGAUAGAGCCGGCAUAAUUGUUUUGAGGGAAGACUUGGACUUCUAUGCAAUUCCACCGAGACCUGAUAUCGAACAACCGGAGAUGAUAGAGGUGAAGAGAGCGGCUGGGAAGGCAUUGUUGAAACAAGAUGGUAUAUUUUCUGGAUUAAGAAGAAGUGAAGAAACAGGUACCACGGAACAACAUUUGAUUGAGAUGUUGACUGCUGGAGGUUUCAACCAUGACGAUCAUUGGGGUCACCGAGCAGGAGAACCAAACAAGGCUGUCAUAUGCAGUCUCGCAUUAGCUCGCCUCCGAACUGACAUCCGUGGCAACGAGAUGGGUAGUAAUGCUGUAGGUAUGGCACAAAAGCUUCUGCUUUUCUGGAGAAAACCUGCAAGAAGAUGUUGGUGGGAAGGUGUCGAACUGGAGAACGUAGAAGGCGUGGAGGGAAAAUUAAAGGUGUGGAUUCGAAGAGUGUGGACGUUGGAGAUGAGUGUUAUCGGCUUACGUUGAUAACAUCUUUCUCAAAAUAAUUUCCUUUGUUUUCAUACCCUACAAUUUGUGUUUUUUCAUCCAGGGAGUAUAUUCAGUUUGGUUUCAGCAACAUACAUCCACUAGGCAAUAUUUAGUGGACAAAAUAUGAAUGACCGGCGGUAAUUCAGAAGGCCGUUGUCAAAUAAUGUGUUUGGCUGCCGAACUUUUAUAGUUUCCUGUUGCUUUGCAGCAUUAUCUUUUUCCUUAUAGCGAUGCAGGUGUUCGAUUCAUUGGGGAAAAGGGCAACUUGUGUAUGGAAUUAGCAUAAUUGUUUUCCAUCUUACGAUUUGGCAUUGGUUUCAUUAGUUGUUUGCUGGUUGUGGCCCUUGUGGAUGAAAAUUGGUUGAGUAAAUCUUGCAUAAAAAAGAUUACUAGUCGCAUUGGAGGACGAACGGGAUGGAUGUGAUCUAAGUAGUAGAGGGCGGAGUGUUUUUGAGGAAGGAGGAGAGGGAAGAAAACUGUACACGAAUGGAGCAGGUUGGUUGCAGUGAAUCCGUAAUAUAAAAAAAUGAUACCUAUUUAGUCGCAGUGCGAGCAGGUACAAAUGCGUCUACUUCUCUCUUCACA